AUGGUUGUCUCUUGGAUUCAAAAUUCUAUCAGCAACACACUUAAAUCAAGUGUAGUUUUUGUUGAUGAUGCUUUGGAGAUAUGGAUGGAGCUUCUGGAGCAUUUUUCUCAACAAAAUGGACCAAGAAUAUUUCAAUUGAAGAAGGCUUUGGCUGGACUACAGCAGGAACAUGAUUUGGUGGGCAUCUAUUAUGGUAAGCUUAAAACUCUGUGGGAUGAGCUCUCAAUGUAUGAUCCAAUGCCUGAAUGUAGUUGUGGAAAGUUGAAAAUACUGUUCGAUCGAUAUCAAAGAUAUUGUGUUAUUCAAUUUCUGAUGGGUUUGAAUGAUUCCUUUGCUAUUGUGAGAGACCAGAUCAUACUAUUAGACCCUUUGCCCCUUAUGAACAAGGUGUUCUCCUUGGUUCAACAACAGAAGAGACAACAUCAAAUGGUUUCAAUUGUACCUUCCCCUGAUUCUCUGACCCUAGUUGCCAGAAAUUUUUUUGUUAAUACCAAACUUGCUCCAAAAUUUGUAACUACUCAGAAAAGGGACAGACCAUUUUGCACUCAUUGUAAUGUUCAAGGGCACUUAUUGGAGAAUUGUUUUAAGGCUGGAAAUGCUAAAGCUCCCAUUUGCACACACUGCAACAUGACUGAUCAUGUGGAUGGGAAAUGCUAUAAGCUUCAGGGGUACCCUCCAAGCCACAAACUUUUUAACAAAGGAAAGAGCCCUGUUACUUUUGCAAAUCAGUCUAACAUCUCUGUUCCUGCUAUCCAAGAUGAAGAAAAUGAUGCUAAGGUGGCUUUGACUAAAGGAUAA